AACACGUGCAUAAGUUCAUCUUCAAUGAUAGGCAACGGACUGUCUUGGUGGCAAUCAUGGCUAUGCUUUUAGAUUGGUUAUACUGUGGUAACGGGGAUUCGGUCUUGCCAAUUAUCAACCAAGCAGCGAUGGCUGUUUUGUUUGUUAGCUUCCUGUUUUUCUGGUUGUUAACCUUGCCGGCUCUUUCGUUCCCUAUUAAUAAGGUUCGGUAUAUUUUUGAGGUCAGAACAUACUUUUCGCCGGCUUAUACUAUUGCCUUCUUUGGCUGA